GUCAUCUUGGAGGCCUGGGUGAAGGGCGUGAACCCCAAAGGCAACUCCACCAACCCCAGCAACUGGGACUUCGGCAGCAGCUUCUUCUUUGCGGGCACGGUCGUCACCACCAUAGGGUACGGGAACCUGGCGCCCAGCACCGAGGCAGGCCGGGUCUUCUGUGUCUUCUACGCGCUGGUGGGCAUCCCGCUCAACGUGGUCUUCCUCAACAGCCUGGGCACGGGGCUGCGCGCCCAGCUGGCGGCCCGAGAGAGGUGGGAGGAGCGGCCCCUGCGCUCCCAGCUCCCGCAGGUCCUCGGCCUGGGCCUGGGCCUGACCCUGGGCACCCUGGCCACCCUGGUCCUCCCGCCUGUGGCCUUCAGCCACGUGGAGGGCUGGAGCCUCAGCGAGGGCUUCUACUUCGCCUUCAUCACUCUCAGCACCAUCGGCUUCGGGGACUACGUUGUGGGCAGGGACCCCAGCAAGUACUACGUCUCGGUGUACCGGAGCCUGGCCGUCCUCUGGAUCCUCCUGGGCCUGGCGUGGCUGACGCUGCUCCUCUCCCUGGGCCCCGUGCUUCUGCGCAGGUGCUCUCGGCUCUGGCUGCUGGUCAGGGGCCUCGGUCUCCAGGAAGGGCCAGCCCCUGACCCUGAAGGGCUCCCCAGACCUAAGAAGAGCCCCAUCUCUGCAUAAGGCCCCCCACUGGCCCAGCGGCCCCCCAGCCUCCCCAGCCCAGGCCGCCUGCCCUCGGGGUUUCCGCCCUGCCGCCUCCCCUCCCAACCACUCGCUCCCCAGCGGGAGCUCUGCAGAGGGAGACAGACCCGUGGGGCCGGGAAGGACACACGGAGGAGCUGCGGGACAGGCUCAGGGCGGGUGUGGGGUAGGGGUGCACCUGCUCCCCGAGCCCCUGCCCCUCGGAGGUGACCUGGAAAAGUCACGGGAGCUGGGUCCCUGUGGCCAGAGCUCCACUGUCCUCCCAACUCCCCCCGGACACCUUAGACAGACAAAGGUGGCGUCGCUGUCUCACUGGAGAGGCACGUAGUGUGCAUCUGCCAAGACCCGCUGUGUGCCAGGCGUGGUGCCAGUCUGGGGGCGCAGCAGGGGUCGUCCUGCCUUUGCUGAGCCUUGGCUGGGCGGGCCAAGGAGAAGGAGGCAGCCGCAGCCCAGCGCCCAGAAGGCCUCUGUGGCACAGAUGGGGGAGCACGGCAGUGCGUGGGGGCCCCUGGGUGGCCGAGCCCUCUGAGCAGCCCUGCAGCCAGAUUGGGGGGCACUGCAGAGGCUGCUCUGGGCAGGGCCUGGAGGAGGGGCCCACAGCGCAGAGGGACCCAGCUUACAUCCGGGACCUGCGGACACCCCAGAGAGGCCCGGGGCGCUGAAGACCCCUGCACUCCACAGCCCUGGACUCUCCCUCUGCUCAGGGAGGAGGGACGCAGGGGCUCCCUGGCCGCUGUCUUCUUGCCUUCCAAGAGCACAGAGAAGUGACAGCAGGGUCCCGCUUCUCUGAGCGCACGGUGGCUGGGAGACCCCGCAGAGCCUGCAGGUGGCAGCCCUUGGGGACGUCCUGGGACUGGGACUUAGGCGGGAAUCUGAGACAAUAAAGUCAUUUCUGCUUCUCCUUCCCCA